AUGAGUGCCAGAGUGCCUCGGGGUAUCUUCACGUGCCCGAGCCGUGAGAAUUUGAUCACCGUGGAUACUCUUCAUAAAGAGUAUCCCGCAGGCUUCGCAUCGUUCAGUGGUGAUAAAUUUGUUCUUCACGCCGGCGGAUGCUGCUUCCGUAUAGCCUUUGAAAAUGCCCCUGGUGUUUCGCUUCAUCCCCAGAUUGAAAAGAUUCUGCAUCAUACCGUAUCGCUUUACGUGUUGGACACCAAUUUCAUUGUUUGGGCACCUGCACUUCGUCUAGGAAUGGAAAUUCCGUUCGAGUUUGGCCUGCCGACAUUGAACGAAGACGGGACUCUUGACCUCCAUCUCAGACCGAGUGAGCUCAUGCGGUCUUCGGAAGGUUUACCCAUUACAGUACGAAUCCGUCGAGCUCAAGAGGAGGAGGUCGGGAUGGAGGACAUUGAACCGGACCUCCGAGCCAUGAUUCCCCACGACAGCUCGCUACAACGAAUUCAUGCCAUGUAUACUCGCUGGUUCCAUUUUUAUCAAUCCACCGAAGGCGAGGACGUAGCGGGGUCUGGAGAGACCGAGAUCCGAACCGUGAGCGAGAACUUUCGGCUUGGGCACGGCGGGGAUGCGGAUGAUCUCGGCUUCGAUGAGCACCUUUGUGAGGGCGAUGCUGGAAUGAACAUUGCCAUCGAGCUUCAACCGGUUGGAGCUGUAAGAAGACACAGGGACUACGAGCGCACUACCUAUUCGAAGAACCGUAGGAUUGGUUAG